AUGGCGAGCGGCGCGGGGGGGUUGUGGCAUCCCGAGGAAGUGCGGCGAGACGAGCUGAAGGCGGGUGACCACAUCUUCUCGUGGCGCAUCGGCAUGUCUUAUUCUCACCAUGGAGUGUAUGUGGGAGCGGACGAGGUGAUUCACUUCACGCGCCAGCAGGCAGACGAGAUCGGCUCCAACGCCCUCCUAGACUACGCUGCUUCCGUCUCCCCCGCCCUUCAACGCACCACCACAACCAGCGGUGAAGGUUCGGAGCCGUGCCGAGCCUGUGGCACGGAGGGCAGCAGCCACGGCGUGAUCUCGUCGUGCCUGCGGUGCUUCCUGCACGGCGGCGCGCUAUUCAGAUUCGACUACGGCGUGUCGGUGGGGAGCUUUUGCUUGCAGAUGCGAGGCGGCACGUGCAGCAUGGCUGUGCCUGAUGCCCCGCAUGCUGUGGUGCAGAGGGCUCGUUUGCUCCUAAAAGAGGGCUUUGGGCGCUACCACGUGCUGGACAACAAUUGUGAGGACUUCGCUGUCUACUGCAAGACGCGUGCGCUAGUGGUGGACAAGACUCGUGUGGGCACCAGCGGCCAGUCCGCUGCUUUCUUUGGGUUCAACUUUGCAUCUGCCACCGCUGCUGUGCCCCUGCUGCUCGUAGGGCCCCUGGCUGCUGCUGCUGUGUUUGCCGGGUCGUACAGCUUGAGCCGAGUGGCGCUGGACGUGGGGGUGAGGAGGGACGUGGUGAGGGUGGAGGGGGAGGAGUUGGUGGCAAGUCUCAAGGGUAGGGAAAGGGUGUGCGGGGAUGGGACUGGAGGAAGGAGGGCGAAGGACGGGGUGGAGUUGGUGGUCCAGUCGCAAUCUGACAGUUCUGCGAAGGACGGAGCUGCCUGGAAACACGAAGUCGCGAGACUGGCUAAGGAAUCCGCGAAACUUGUCGUCGCUACGUCUGCGAGCGUCGCCGUUGCUUUGUCAGCAGGCCUAGGGAUUGCCGAGGCGCGGCCGGAGGGGGUGAACAAGCCGGAGCUGCUGCCCAAGGAGUUCACCACCGUCAUUGACGUCGCCGACUUCCUCUCCGCCGGCCAGGAGGCACGUUUGGCAAAGGACGUGGAGAGAUUGGAGCAGGACACGGGGUAUAAACUGAGGAUACUGGCGCAAAACUACCCUAACACUCCGGGGUUGGCCAUUCGGGAUUACUGGGGGGUGGACGACGAAACUGUGGUGUUCGUGGCUGACCCCAACAUGGGCAACCUCCUGAACUUCAACGUCGGCGCAACCGUGGAUCUGUCGGUUCCCAGAAGCUUCUGGAGCCGGCUAGCUGGCAAGUACGGGAACGUGUUCUACUGGCGAGAGAAGGGAGAGGAUGCGGCGAUCGAGGCUGCUGUCAUCGCCAUUGACAACUGCCUCCGAGAGGACCCUGGGCCAAGGCAGUGCGCUGAGAUCAAGUAG